UACACUUGUGCAAUCACCACAAACAUCUCUCUACUGAUCCGGAGAACAUAUCACUUCAAAACAGUCCAAAAGCAGUCAACAAUCAUCCUCGCGAAGAAACAUCAGCGCGGUGCUCAUCGCGCAUCUGGAUACAAUUUGGAAAGGGAUUGACAUCAAUUUGUGUCGCUUUUUAGUUAGAUAUCAGAAGACUGGAGAUUGUUCGGGACGGAACACCUGUGCGUGCUCAUUGAUGACAAACUGAAUAACUGCUAUGACAGGUAAACUAGCGGACAAGAUCCCUAUUACCAUGAGCAGUUUAAUCAACCACAUACCUGACAGUCUCUAUCCAGAAGAAGACAUUCCUACAUCCAUGAACAUUUUCACAAACCCGGACUCUAUUUCGCACUACUCACAAAUGAAUACAGAUAAUAUCAUGGACUUGGGGAUGGCUGGAGAGAAGGGAAGUGGAGAGAUUCAGUAUGGCUCCAAUAGUUUUCAAUCCGGUCGAAGCGGACAGACCGUCACCUACCUAGGCAAGUUCGCGUUUGACACCCCUCCCUCAGGCAGCAUCGGAGGCUCGGGUUGGUGUCCAGAUAACAACAUCAUCAGUCUGGUGAGUGCCGGAAUCCUGGGCGUGUCACCGUCACCAGGCAACAUCAACGCCCAGACGUCUUCGUCGAGCGGCAGCAUGGGCGGCCAGUCAUCAGACAUGGAGCAGAUAUACGCACCACCUCUUCCAGCCUACUCUACCUGCGGCGAGAUAUACCCAGAGCAGGUGACAUUCCAUCACAGCCCUGCCACGUCAUCGUCUUUGCCCUACCCGAGCUCCGACUACCACACCACGUCCAAACCAGGCAUGGAUGGCAGUCUCUUUUCCAUGAUCCCAGACUACAACCUCUUCCAUCACCAGGGAGACGUAGGAGUGAUGGAGCAUAAACCCUUCCAAACCAUGGACCCUAUUAGAGUGAACCCACCUCCCAUAACUCCCCUUGAGACCAUUCGAGCCUUUAAGGAUAAGCAACAGAUCCAUCCUGGGUAUCUCGGUGGGCAACAGCACAUAUCCCAACACCACCAACCCUCUCAGACACUUGCUCUCAAACCCAUUCGACCAAGAAAGUACCCCAACCGGCCAAGCAAGACCCCCGUCCACGAGCGCCCACACGCCUGUCCGGCGGAGAACUGUGACCGUCGUUUUUCACGAUCAGACGAGUUGACGCGCCACCUGCGCAUCCACACGGGGCACAAACCUUUCCAGUGCCGCAUCUGCAUGCGAUCCUUCAGUCGCAGCGACCAUCUUACCACGCACAUCCGAACGCACACCGGCGAGAAGCCCUUUUCUUGUGAGUUCUGUGGACGCAAGUUUGCUCGCAGCGAUGAACGAAAGAGGCACGCCAAGGUGCAUCUUAAACAGAAGGACAAGAAGCCCUCGGACAAGGGCAGUAGCACUGGGGCAGGGGGGAGCCACGCUUCUCCCCCGAGCUCCUGUGGGAGCGCGGGACCCAGCAGUGCCAAUAUCAUGACCGUUACCACUUGUGCAUGAGAUGGACUUGCAAAGUAAGACUACAAGGAGAAGAAAUGAAGGUUUCUUUUCUUCUCUUAGAUACACUUGACUCUUAUACUCUCUCCAUCUCUUCAUAUCCAUCCAUUUCCUCCUGGUUUCUGUUGAUUAUGGUGGCGUAUUCCGGUAGCCACUAAUGUUUUAGGUCAAAUGGAUGCAGAGUUAGUGGACUAGUGUCGCAUGAAUGGGAAAGAUGGUGUGUGGGGGGUGGGGGGGUUCAAAGAUAACAGUUCUAGCAGUGAGGUCAAUCCACAAAUACAGCACUUACCGAUGCAGCGCAAUCACAAAGUUAAACUCUGGCUAUGGGGACAAGAGGCAUCCCUUGAAAUUGUAUUCUUUUUAUUUUUGUUUUCCAUACAAGGAGAGAUCUGAUUGCUGUUUCUGUUUUUCCUACGUGUAUUUGACUUUGUCAUUGGGUUGUCAGAUUUCUAAAAGUGCACUUUCAUUUGCUUAUACUGUUUUGCGGUCCUUUUUUUAAAUGAUUGUUAAUUAUUUAAUUUUUUGUGUUAUUGUUGUUGUUUUUCAACAGAAUGUGCCAAAUUUAUUUAAAUGCAUCAGACAACUUUUUUAUAUUGUUGCUUGUUUUAGCCUGGCUGGGAUUGUACUGAAGUUACAGGCAUGUAACUUUACUGUAAGAGUCAAUUCAGACAUUGAUUUGGGAAAAACCUUUAAGCUGACUGAGUUUCUGGUGUACAUUAAAAGUCUGUUGCAUCGUUAAAUUGCAUUAUCUUCAUAUAAUAAAAUCCCUUUGGUACAAUUAAGGGAUCUGAAUGGCGUAUGUAAUCAACAACAGACUGGCAGUGCAAUAAAAUGAAAAACAACAACGAUAAAACACAGUCUGGCUCAGAAAUGUACGUUGUAGGGAUGAAAUUAAAACACAGUUGUGGCCUUUUUCACCUAAUUGUUUCACUUAAUUUAGUGUGCAUAAUGGCCAAACUUGCUGUUCUAUACUUUUCUUCUGUGGUGGUCCAAUCCAAAGGUUUUGCCUUUCUGUUUUCACUGCCUGUAGGCACACAUGCACUAGUAUCACAGAAAUGAUUGAAUCAGUCAUCUUUGAGGACCUGCAGCAAUAUGCAUCCAGUUCAAACUACACAUGGUGUCAACAAGAGUUAAUACUGUAAACAUGACUUAUUUUCAUGUGAACAUUUUUCUGGUAAGGUUUCCAUUGUCAUUAUUGUCAUUGUUUUACUGGACAGUUAUGUUUCAUGCUUUUAUCAUCCAAUAUUUUUCGUUGGGUCCCUUUCUUAUGCACAUUGUAUAUUCAGCACAUAUUUUAACACACACGUACACACGGUUUUCAAAAUGAAAUCAGCCAAAAUUAUGGUAAUGCCUGCCUGCAAGCAUCACCACUGGGCAGGAUUGAUCUUAGGAGUCAUUGUUUUGCAUUUUCACCGGCUGCGGCCUGCCUGCUAUAUGCAUGCCAUUCAAGAUGUUUUUUGGAUGGGAACCAUUUUGAUAUUAUACUGCUCUAAGGGGCAGCACCGUAAUGUGGUAUCUCCACAGUUACUCAUAUUAGAAACAUGCCUAGAGAUUCUGAAUAUUAACAAGAAAAACGAGAGGGGUUUUGUACAGUUAAAUAUACAUACAUAUUACUACAUGUUUUUUACACGGAAUGUAUAAAGCAAUUUCCUUCAGUAUUAUGAUGUGUGUCUGUGCGUGUGUGUAUGUACACACCCGCAAACACCCGCAUACUCAGAUAUUACAUUGACUGAAUGUUGAAACGAAGGAUGUGUUUACAUUUUCGUUCUCUUUCUUUCUGUUUUUCAGAUUGUGAUUGUGUACAUAGUGCCAAAUGUUUUAUAAGUGUGUGUGUGUAUGUGUGUGUGCUGGAAAAGUUGAAUAUUGACAGUGUCAAAUGUGAUGCAUUUUACAUAAUUUCUACAAAGUCUCAAAUAUUAACCGUUAUUAGCGCAACAUUGCAAUUGAUGACUUGCGGACACACUGAAUGAUGUGUUAAAUGAAUAAACAGAAAGAUUAUUUGAAAAAAAAAAAAAGCAAAAACCUGUCUCAUUAUCUUAUAUGCAAGCUAUGCAUACAAAGCAAAUCAUUUGAUGAAGGCAUAACACUAUUUAGUCGACAACCUUUGUGUUUAAGAAAUUUAGACUAAGAAUUGGUCAUUUUAUAAUUUUACAAUUAAGCUUCACAACUAGUAGCAUUUAAAAAUGUCACAAAAAACGUAAAUAAUUUUUAACGCUGUUAAGUGUUUAUUCACGUUAUUCAUUUCUUAGCAAUAUUAACAACAUUGUACAUAAAGCCCAAAGAUGAGAAACCAUCAAUUAGCUUUAAAAAAUAAAUAAAUAAAAUAAAAUAAAAAAUUGUCAUACUCUUCGUGAGCUCCACUUCCGGAAUGUUCUUUUUUUCCACCUCCUUGCAAGGCCAGUACUGUAAAUAGUUUUUUCUUUUAAUAUUGUUAUUAUUAUUAUUAUUAUUAUUAUUAUUAUUACGGUUACACAUUAAAAAAUUACAGUACAGUGGUAAUCAAAAUGUAGAAUAUAUUUAAUAUGUAGGAUUAAUUUGACCAUUAAAAUUAUUUUCCAAACUAUGUCACUCCUUUGAUAAAAUGAUGCAACUCCUUAUAGGCAAUAUAGUAAGCGUUCAUUUAUCAGUAUUCAUCAGGAUGUUUUUCCUGCAACUAAUUUAAAAAAAUAACGCAUUACUUACUGUAUCUGGGGUGGAAAAUGGAAAUGAUAAAAACCUAAUAUUGAUCCAAAAACUCAUCUACUCACUGCUGAAAUUUGCCGAAAGCUAAACAUGGAUUUUUAAUGUAUACAUUGGCAUUAUUGUUUUGAAUUUAUGCAUCGAUAUGGCCCUUAAUGUCAGCAUUGUGUACACAAAUAAGUUUGUGCCUCUUAACCUCUCUCACUGUAAUUAAAGGAGGGGAAAUAUUAUUGAGAGUUGAUAAGCUAGAUUCCCCGGUGGAGAGUGUAAAUGUUGGGUUAAAUCAGCAGAAAGGUUCAGGAUAAUACUUGGUUCUCCUCAAGGUUCCUCUGCUGCCCUUUUUUCAUUUUUAGAGAGAUAUCUUCAUUUCAAAGGCACGUAUGGUAUGAGAACUAUUGUUUUAAAAUAAGAAUACAUACAAAACAGUAUCUGGCUUUAUUUUAAUAUUAUCUGUUAUUUUAUUUUCUUCUUUCUUUCUUUGCCAAGAUACAUCAGAAUCCAGGGCCAAACUACAGCAGUAAAAAUAGAGAACGCAGCUUUCACAGAUCAGAUACGAUACCCAGUGGAAUUGUGUAUAUGUGUGUGUAUGUGUAUUUCUGCAGUUUGAGAGUGAAUUCAUACUCUGAUGUAUGGAAUAGAGUGGUUUGGAAGAAAACCGUGUUUAAUGUUAGAAGCUGUGUGCUGAAGAGUUGAAGUGAAGGUACAAAACUGAAAUUCAACUGGUGUUUGGGAUAACGUCCUUAUAAUUCUAAUUUAUAAUGUAUGCUACGACCAGUGAAAACACAAUAUCCAUCUUAACUCAGAUUUUAAUAGCUAAUACAAGUAAACGUCUUCCUCUUAAAGUUCUGUGAAGCAAAAAGCAAUCGUUACCUCCGGAGAAACUUGUGUGUGUGUUUGUGUGUAUGUAUGUUUUUCAGCAUGCUUGCAUGCACCUGUUUAUCUGUACUUCCAUGUUCAUAUUUUCCACUCUGUGUGUGUGUGAAUGUCUCGGUCCAUCUCACUAGAAUUGCCAAAAAAAUGGUCACUAAGUACAAAAUCAGUGUACUGACCAUGUGUCUAACCCUAGCCCUAACCUUAACAAUCGAUUGCUAAUUAAUUUGAUUGUGUUAAAAAGAGCAGCGCUGUCAAUAUUCUUCAUAAUGUCUCCUCUUUUGUUCCACGCGAGAAAGAAAGUCAUAUGGGUUUGGAACAAUGAUGAGUAGAUUUUCAUUUAUGGCUAAUGUAACCCUUAAAAAGUCAAUCUGUUUUUGAAGGGAAUAGAUAUUGUUGUGACUCAUGAGAAGUGUCACAAUUGAACUCAUCCACGUCAUGGUUUCAAAAUGACUGUUCACUGUCUGACUCUGGAUCAGAGCCAGAAUGAACAGCCUUGUUGUGCCAAACCGGGUUGCAGGCUUGGUUUCCCUGGAACAAUAUGCAUAGAGGACACCACAGAAAUGUAAAUGUGACCCUAGUUAGCGCUCAAGCAGGCCCUGUUUCACAACACUGAUUCACUGUUGUUUACCUGAUUAUUUUGCUCCCUUUGAAUCCCUCAUUAUAGUUGGUCAUUAAAGACUGAUUUAGCAAUGGCUCAUCUCCUCUGCAAAAAAAAAAAAAAAAAAAAAAAAAAAAAAAAAACAGAUAUGAAAGAAAGUCAUCUUUAUUGAUGCCCAUCCAUUCUCAUAGUACUGAACUGUUCAAUAGUGUUUACGGUUUAUAAUGUGGAAAUUGUUGUGUGGCCACCUUGGGCCGAUAUUUUGGUAUCUGUAUUCUUUUCCUACAGGACUGUAUCUUAUGCAUGUCUUGCAUGUCUCUUAUCAGAAUGGAGGCACUUAGAGUUGAUUGUGAUCACUUUUAUGAGCACGAUGGGCAAAACCGUGGGGUUUAGCUCAACAGAAGAAAGGAUCUUUUGAUACGUUUUUACCUCCUGUUACUUCCAUUGCCUUAUACUAAGGCCCAGUGUUACUUAAAAUCUUUUAAUAGUUCUCAAAAUUAAUUGAUGUAAUCUUUUUGUGGAGAGGACAUGUUCUCUUGGUUUCUCAUUUUGUUGUAAAUUCAAUGUUUUCUGGUUGACACGUACUUGAACACACACCUGAAUAAAAUGCGAUUGAAAGCAUUGUGUCUUCUUUGUGUUCUGG